AUUAAAAUCGAGUCCUUAUACCUCGAUCGUGAUGUUCAUGCUAUAUUUCCCGUCGAGAUACUUCAAUAACUGAGCGAGCGCUGUUAAACCAUUUGUUCAUUUAACUAAUUUAUUUUCUCGGUUAUCUGUGGUUUAUAUUCGAUUGCAUUUUUGAGGUUUCACUUUCCAAAACAUUCAUGUACACUAAUGUAAAACUUGUAAAUUAAUAAUUUUAUCAUUUUAAGACUAGCAGUAAGAAUUUGACAUUUAGUUAUGAAGAUUAACCUUCAAACGUAUAUCCGUGCUAGGUGAUCUGAUGUAGCAGGGCAUACGUUAACUUUCGCCGUUAUGGCCGUGGCUGAGCGCGGCCAUCAAUCAUGGCUUGUAUCAUCAAUCCUCUUGCCCGCCGCCCACUCGUGGCGCACCAAUAAGUUGCUGUACAAUUGUUCUCAGGGCUACUCGAGCAUCAGUGAUCUACUGCCGCCGCUUCAGCGCUCUCCUGAAGGCGAACUCAUCACACCUUGUGUGCUGAACAGCGCUGGCGUGGAUGUCAUGGAGCUCUUGUACCAGCGUCGCCUUCUACCGAGAAAAAAGAUGGCUGACAGCGAAGGUAAGGACUGUCAUGCAACUGAGUCCUCGGAGGCUUGCAAUGGAACAUGCCAUAGUAAACCCGUGGAUGCUCCUGCCACGAAGACUUCCCCUAGCGUGCUGGUGGUUCAGGCCGAGCAGGGAGACUCUGCCCACAAGCAGCCGAGAUGAAGUAGAGUUCCUUCAACUUAGCAGCUCGUGGCAUUACAAGGGACUGGAGGAGCUAAGUCGCUGCCAAGGAACUCCGCCAAAGUUUGAUUUAAUCCAUUUUUCUAAGAUAUUUAUUUCAUUCUAUUUAUGAUUAAUUGUUCCUUUUAUAUAUUUCGAACACAGAAAGGACGUGAAGCUGCUUGUUGAGUUGAUUAUAUAAAUUGAUUUGUGGAUGCCUGUUGGUCAUUAUUUCGUGAGCAUUCAAUUGGGAGACAACAAAACAUUCCAGUAAUUCUAAAGGUUUUACCUCAGAAGCAAAAAGAUACAAUUUUUAUUUGUACUAUUAUUUUUUGUUAUACCAAAGCUGAAGUGUAGAAGAAACAUGUGUGCACUGUACUUGCUUGCAAAAGAGUGAAUGCCGUAACUCGACAAUGACAUGAGCGUUCAAUUAUGAAGAAUAACGGGUACCUAGACCUUUUUGGCCAGCAUUUCUUGUAGCUUCCUCACACGCGUGCCAAUGAAUACAUGAUGCAAAGCACGCCAUGAUGAAAUUCACGGCCAUAAUAGCAUUCGGUAUAAAUACGUAGAUUCAUAGCUGUUCCUUUUUGUACUCCUGUUAAUUCUAUGUGAUUUUUAUAUAUGUAAGAACAUUUUUCUUAGAUAUAAGAUAUUAAUGUCGUUUUAUAUGGGCAAUUAUUUGUAUAGAUGGAAAUGUUUUAUAUAUAAACUUAGCCGAAGCCUAAGCUCUCUGUGAUGUGAUGAACUGUUGAAAAUAAUGUACCUUAAACUUAACCAUUUCCUAGCUAGCCUUGCACUAAUUUUCAUUCAAGAUUUGAGAAACGGGCAUAUUUCUUACACGGGCCAUAAACCUAAUCAUUUCGCGAAAUGGACUUGGCGUAUAAUAACUUCGAAUAAAAACGUUAAUAAGAGUCCGAGUAUUAACCCAAGUCAGCCUUCCAUUUAACGAAGAAAAAUGUUUUAACCCAAUAAAAUUCUAUCAUUGUA